AUGUAUUGGCAAGAAAAUGUUUUACUCUGUGCUGGUGUCAGCAUCCAUUUACCCACUCACUAUUACUCCCGCUUGACCCAAUUUGUUCAAAAUGAAAGUUUCUCCCAGCCACAUCAAGGAACAAACUUUCACUUUAUCCAAACUGGCAAGUGCCAUAGAGCUUGUGAGGACCCAUCAUGCUAUUAUCAAGGUGCAACUAGGGCCAACCAAAGUCUAACCAACCUUCUUGCAAAUGAACUCAUGAGCGGCCCUGCAUGCAUUUUUGUGUACAUAAGCACUCGUGUUACGUGUGCGGCACCCAGCCAGAUUCCUCUGAAUGUUGAGUAUAUGUCAACAACUGACAGCAUCAAUGCUACUCUCACCCAUAUGUCGAUCACUGAUGCUGCAACUCCUGCUAUCAAUGCUGUUGUCAAUACUGCUACCCCUGCCCUUGCUCAGGCCACACAGCACUCAAGCACCUCUGCAUCUGUGCACUGGUAUGUCAUCACUGUUGGAUAUGAAACUGGGGUCUUUCAAGGAUGGCACAAUGUGUAUGUGCAUGUUGUUGGUAUCCCAGGAGCUUGCUUUUCAUGGUACUCCUUAACUGGUGCUGAGGCUGCCUAUGAACAGGCUUUGAGUGAUGGUACAGUCACUCAGCUGAGCUGUUACACAUCUAAAAAGGCCUGGAUUUUGCUGAAGGAUGCAGAAGACCUGGUAACAACGGUCAAAAAUCUUGCUGGUCCUUGCACCGCAUAUCUGCAAACUAAAUCUUUCCAUCUUUACCUUGAUGCCAAAGAGGAGAUUAAUGUUCAAGCUCUCUGGGAUGAAAGUUGGGCAAGUAUCAAUGGCAAUUCAAGGAGGAGAACAGCAUUCAACUUGCAGCCAGGGCCAGGCAAUGACACCAUCAAGAAACUCAAUUGCAUAUUCCUGAGGGAAGUUUCUGAGGCUUUUGAUUUCACUUCAUAUUUAAGCGUUGAUGAACCAUACUUCAAUUAUCUUGCCAACACCAGCACAGAUACCUUACCAGUGAAAACCAAACGGCAACAUACAGCAGUGGAUGACCCUCAAAAACAAUGGCUCCCAGAGCAUGAUAAUUUCCUCAAGGAAUUCAUCCAGCUUGAAGGGUGUAGAGAUGAUGGAUGGAAUUUGGACUGGAAAUUACUUCCAGUGCAGCAACUUAAGAGACCUAGGGCUAUGCAUACAACUCAGGCAUCCAUCUGA